CAGAGUGGGAAAGAUAAGGUACACUUGGCAUUAUAAAUAUGUGGUGGACUGUGGAGACCUAAGCGACUUCAAUGCAUCUUUGAGACUCUUAAACAAUGAAGUCCAUGUGAACCCAAAAUGGACAGAAGAGACACUGAAGACAAUGAGCUGCUUUAUAAAAAAUUCCUCAAGUAAAGCUGACAUCAGAUUGGAUAACAUUAAUGUGUACGAUUACAUAAAUGAAAGAUUUGUUCACUUCUUGUCAGACUGUCUGGAUUGGAUAUCUUCUAUACGUUUUCUAGAUGGCUUCAAUAAAUUUACAUUUUGGUGGAUGUGUGAUUUGUUUAAAGAGUACAAAAGAGUGAAAGGAGACAACAGCCUUCCACACCUCAUCUCUUUAUUUGCGCCCUUUCCAAACAUGGUGCCUCUCCCAGACACUCUUUACUUCCCUGACUUCUUUGACUUCACUUUCCGGAGUCAAUGUCAGCAGGACAAAGUCGCCAUUCCAGAGCACAGAGAGGCUUUCCAAGAUCUUCGGCGAUGUUUACUCAGCAGUCUUUUGGAUGCUUUAAGAGUGGGAAAGAUAAGGUACGCUUGGUAUUAUAAAUGUAUGGUGGACUGUGGGGACCUAAACAUCUUCAAUGAAUCUUUGAGACUCUUAAACAAUGAAGUCCAUGUGAACCCAAACUGGACAGAAGAGACACUGAAGACAAUGAGCUGCUUUAUAAAAAGCUCCUCAAGUAAAGCUGACAUCAGAGUGGAUUACAUUGGUGAUUACGAUUACAUAAAUGAAGGAUUUGUUCACUUCUUGUCAGACUGUCUGGAUUGGAUAUCUUCUAUACGUUUUCUAUUUGGCUUCGAUGACGAUACAUUUUGGCGGAUGUGUGAUUUGUUUAAAGAGUACAAAAGAGUGAAAGGAGACAACAGCCUUCAACACCUCAUCUCUUUAUUUGCACCCUUUCCAAACAUGGUGCCUAGCCCAGAAUUUGAUAACGAUGACUUCUUUGACUUCACUUUCCUGAGUCAAUGUCAGCAGGACAAAGUCACCGUUCCACAGUACAGAGAGGCUUUCCAAGAUCUUCGGCGAUGUGUACUCAGCAGUCUUUUGGAGUCUGUAAGGUAUGUUGGCUUACUGAUCAGUCGAGUUUGAGCAGACUAUAAAGAGUGACGGACUCCUCUGACACAAUCCUAGACAUGCACUGACUGAGGAGAUCCUUCCA